AUGGCUGGGGGGGGAGCAUUAAAUAACUUGUUUCCAGGAUAUAAAGAUAAAUUAUGGUUAAAGCUUCCAUACCGGCUUCGAUUACAUUUAAUAAAAUCAUGGAACAAUGAAUUUGAGAAGAAUAUAUACAAAGCCCAAAAAAAAAAUAACAGAAUAAAAAAUCUGAAUUAUUAUAUAUUGGAUAGAUUUAAGCCAAAUGACAACUACAGAAAUAGUCACACCGAUUAUAAGAGACAAAUAUGUAGAGGGACAUUAGAAGAAGGAUGUGAUUUUUUUUUACCAGAUAAAAAAAGCCAAGAUAGAUUAAAAAAUCAUUUACAGCCAUAUACUGAAGAAGAAAGUGAAGAAAGAAAAAAAUAUAAAUAUUUAAAUUUAAAAUAUUAUUUAUUAUUUGCUUUGGGUUUUUCAAUAGUGCAUAACAAUAUGCAAUCAAGGCCCGUUGCUUGGUGUAUGGAUUAUGAGCCACCACACACACCACAUUAUCCAUUUUGGUUUAAGUCCAUGUUUCAUUCACAUGAUAUACCAAGUGUACGACGAGGGUUUGAAGUAUAUAGACAAAUAUGUGCUACAUGCCAUUCAAUGGAACAACUACAAUUCCGUAGUUUAGUUAAUGAAGUAUAUCCAGAAAAAAGAGUAAAACAAAUUGCAGCAUCAUAUGAUAUAGAAGAUGGGCCAGAUGAUAAAGGUGAAAUGUUUACAAGACCUGGUAUUUUAACAGAUUCUUUUCCAAAACCAUAUCCAAAUGAAGAAGCUGCAAGAUAUGCAAAUGGAGGUGCAUCACCACCAGAUUUAUCUGUUAUAACAACAGCAAGACAUAAUGGUCCAGAUUAUAUAUUUUCUUUAUUGACUUGUUAUCGUGACCCACCCGAAGGUGUCGUAUUAAGACAAGGUUUAUAUUAUAAUACUUAUUUCCCCGGAGGAUCAAUAUCUAUGCCCCCUCCUCUUCAAGAUGACAUGAUUGAAUAUGAAGAUGGGACUCCUUGUAAUGUUUCUCAAAUGGCAAAAGAUGUUGUAAAUUUUUUAACAUGGGCAGCUGAACCAACUCAUGAUGAGAGAAAAUUAACUGGUCUUAAAUUAGUAAGUGGGGCUUUUGUUGCAAUGGUAUUAAUGACUGUUUGGCAAAGAUUUUUCUGGACUGUUUAUGCAACUAGAAGAAUUGAUUUUGGAAAAAUUAAAUAUUUAUAA